CAUACGCAUGCUCAUUCAUUGGCCCAACAAGCGACGGAGCGAGUCGGUCAAAGAAUGAAAAACAAUGAAGGAACUUAACAUUCCAAGGAGCGUCAGGAUGGAGGCCAUUUUACCUUAUUUUGCCACCAUUUUUAUUCUAUGCAACUUCGUAUUUGUUGCCAAAGCCACUUAUGUGACCAAUACUUACAGUGACUCCUCAAACAAUGGGAAUUUUUACAAACUGGAGUUGGAUCGGGACACUGGUAGUGUUUAUUUAGCUGGGAAAAAUAAACUUUAUAAACUAUCGUCAACAUUGGCGCUAGAACAGAGCGUGGUGCUUGGACCCAAAGAGGAUAGCCCAGAUUGUCCUUUGCCACCUUCGCUACAAUGUGAUUUUACUAAAACGAUGACAGAUUUCGUUCCAAAGGCCAUGGUUGUGUAUUAUGACCAACGCCGGUUGAUUUUGUGUACAAAUCUGUACCAGGGUCUGUGUGAGAAAAGGAGCCUAGAUGAUAUUACGGAAUUAGACACGAACAUUUACACGCCCAUGGUACCCCAUGACAGUACAUCGUCCACGGUGAUUUUCAUAGCGCCAUCACCUGAUGAUAGCUCAAAAAAGGUCCUCUUCAUUGGUGCCACUCGCACAACCUACGGAACUGUGGAUGCCUAUAAGAAACUUAUACCCGCAAUAAGCAGUCGUAACAUUGAGACCUACGACUUGACUUUUACCGAUGUUCUCCGAGGGAAAUCCGAAAUGCGAAUAGAUGAACUUCACACCACUUCAUUCUUCAUCAAAUAUAUCCAUGGCUUCAGCACAGGUGGCUUUGCCUAUUUCAUCACCGUCCAGCGAGAAGCAACAGGAUCUCGGAAGUUUGUCACUAAACUGGCCAGAAUUUGUGAAAAGGAUGUGCAUUUCUUUUCCUACGCUGAAGUGCCUCUGGUUUGUAACAAAUCGGGUACGGACUACAACAUCGCCCAGGCAGCGUAUCUGGCCAAGUCGGGUCCUGAUUUGGCGGAGAGCCUCUCUAUCCCACCAACGGAAGAUGUGCUGUACGUUACUUUCGCUGUAGGGAAACAGAAUUCCAAUGAGACACUGGCCAACUCUGCUGUGUGUGUCUACCCUAUGAGGGAAGUCGUCCGAAUUGUAACACAGAAUAUACAGGAGUGUUUCAGGGGUUUGGGGAAUAUCGGACCAGAUCAUUUUGCCAGCAGGCAGGGGUGCACAGAGGCUCAGACACUGCCAAUAGGAGAUGACUAUUGUGGAACCCAUGACUUUAACUACCCGAUAGGAGGGAAUAUUCCUCUGCAGUCCACUGCGGUGAUAACUCUACCGUCAACUGCAGUCACAGCUGUCGCGGUGUCCAUUACAUAUAACUACACUGUGGCCUUCCUGGGCACAAGUACUGGUCAUCUGCUCAAGGUUGUUGUUGAGUCAAAGGCCCUGGCUGACAAAUACGAAAACCUGACCAUAGAGGCGGGCAGCCCCAUCAGUCCUGACCUCAGGUUUGACAGACAACGGAAACACCUCUAUGUCAUGACAGAAAGAAAGGUUGUUGUUGAGUCAAAGGCCCUGGCUGACAAAUACGAAAACCUGACCAUAGAGGCGGGCAGCCCCAUCAGUCCUGACCUCAGGUUUGACAGACAACGGAAACACCUCUAUGUCAUGACAGAAAGAAAGCUCACUAAGUUGAAACUUCAUGACUGCAGCCAGUAUACAACUUGCUCGGCCUGUCUUGCAGCCAAGGAUCCAUACUGCGGUUGGUGCCCCCUAGAGACCAAAUGCAGCCUAAGAGCAGAAUGUCAAAAUGCAAACCUGCAAAAAGGAUGGCUGCCGUACAGCGGUUCGGUGUGCACUGCCAUCAACGAGGUCUCUCCAGACAAGGUGCAGAUAGAGCAAGGAAAAACCACCAGCCUGAACCUUGUGAUCCAGAACCUCCCUGCAUCCAGUGGGCAGUUUCAGUGUGCGUUCACGAGCUACGACACGCGCUACAAUACCCAGACUACCACUGCCAUUCGCACAAGGUCUGGAAUCCAGUGCGACACUCCGUACCCCAACAUUCUGCCUCCUAUACCGACUGGAAAAGACCAUUUUGUUAUGAAGCUGUCAGUUCGUCUCAAUGAACAAGACUUUGUCCACACCAACUUUACCUUCUUUGACUGCAAAGUGCACAGAUCAUGUACCAGUUGUACUACCAGCAUGUACCCAUGUAACUGGUGUAUCCAGAGACAUCAGUGCACAUACCAAUCUGACCAGGACUGUCUGCGGGACACCUUGGUCACUGGACAAAACGUGACCUUGGCACAACUUGAGAGCCAGAGACCCGGUACCUCCCAGAGACCAGGACCAGAGAACUGCCCCAGGAUCGAGGCCAAUUUUGCAGAGAUUCUCGUUCCCUCUGGCACGACCAGGAUCGUGUCUGUGAAGGCCAUGGCUCUGCAUGAUUUUAUGAGCAGUUUUGAGUGUAAGUUCUACAAGAGCGACAGAGUGGAGACGGUGCCUGCGACUAAGACAGGGUCCAACGUCAUAGAGUGUAAUCCUUCCCAGGCGAUGGAGUUUGCCUAUGUGGGGAAUGCUCAACAUCAGAAUGUCCGCUUUGAGAUUACUUGGGGCAGCGGAAGUCGACCUUUGGAUAACCCCUCGAAUAUUCAAGUUAAAGUUUACAAGUGCUCAGCCAUGGCAAACAGCUGCGGCAGCUGCCUCACUAUGGAGGACAAAUACAACUGUGGAUGGUGCUCCGGUCAGAACAAUGUCUGUACCAUACAGGACCAGUGUCUGGGGGAAAUGGACACUUGGUUGGCCGGGAACUCUGUUUGCCCCAACCCCCUGAUUCACAGCUUCUCUCCAAAAACUGGACCAAUCGAAGGAGGAACCAUGGUAACAAUUAGAGGAGUGAAUCUUGGGAAGACCUUUGCAGAUAUCCAAGAUGGUGUCAACGUCGGUGACAGACAGUGUAGACCUCUCCUAGAAUACUACGAGCCUGCCACGAAAAUUGUGUGUAUCACUGGUGAGGUGCCCUCAGCCAAGUCCAAGAAGGUCCAAGUUAUUGUCAGCACACGUUUCACUGCAUCCUCAGUGGACAAUUUUUCUUAUGUGGUUCCAAGGAUAAACAAAAUCUUCCCCACACUGGGGCCCAGGUCUGGGGGCACCAUUUUGAAUAUCACGGGGACCCACCUCAAUGCUGGCUCCAAGAUCAGAGCUAUGGUGGGGCAGCUGAAUUGUACCAUUACACACAUCAAUAAUAGCACUACCAUGGGGAUCACCAAUAACUGGGUGACCUGCAUUACCUCACCCGCAGAGGAUAUAAUCCAGACAAGAGUUGCCAUGGUCUUUGAUGACAAAGCCAAAAAGCUGAGUGAUGAAUAUUUUAGCUACAUGAAGGACCCCAACAUCACCUCUGUUGAGCCUGACAGGGCAGUGUUGAGUGGAGGUAUUAGAGUAACUGUGACAGGGGAAGGUCUAAAUACUGUGCAGGAACCCAAGAUGUAUGUCACAUAUCAAGGUCAAGACUACAUCAGUCCUUGCAACAGCACAUCAGCAAGUCGUAUGAUCUGUAAAUCUCCUUGCAUCAUGAAAUGCGAUAAAGAGGAAGGCCGCCGAAAGAGAGACGUGAACCCCACUGCCAACACUCCUCUAGAACUGGAGUAUGGAUUCAUCAUGGAUAAUGUGAUGUCCGUGAGGAACUAUUCGAGGAACAAGGGGGACACUUUUUCCAUUUUCCCAAAUCCUGAGUUUGAUCCCUUCCCCGGUGGAACCAAGUUUUUCCAGACGAAGAAUGAAUAUUUGACAUUAAAUGGCAAAAAUCUGAACCUUGCCAUGAAUGAGGAUGAUGUGAUGAUCAGGAUAGGGGACAGCUUCUGUAACGUCACCUCUAUCUCCCCCACACAGCUGACCUGUAUUCCACCACUGAAACAGCCAUCUUCCUUGGAGGGAAACAAAGACCCAGAGGUCGUG